UGCUUUUGUGAUAUUUAAAGGAUUGGAUUACAUUUUUAUUUUUCACUGAUCUCCGACCCAGUAAUUUAGGUCAGGAUUGGACUGAUAUCGAUGCUGUAUAUUGGAUCAGUCUAUCUCUAGUAGAUACCACCGUGGUCUCGCAGAGAAUCAUACCCACAACUAUUCCUUCUAUAUGGAGGUCUCUGAUGAAUUAUUAGUUGAAGGUGUGGGAAACGGGGAGACCAGGAAGGCAAAUCUUCAGAAAGGGGCCUCCCAAAUUAUUUGUGCAAGAUGCCUCCAAAUCUGUUGACAGUCACUGGGUGAGGCAGUGGCCUUUUUAAUUAUUGUGUUAUUAGUUUUAUACUAUUUUAAAUUAAGCUAAAAAAGAAGGGCUCAAAUGAUGAAGAAGAAAAGAGAACAGAAUAUUUAGGACUGCCAGGACCUUCAGUUUAAGCACUGUUGUCUUUGAUUGUUAUUUAUGAUGCUAAACACAAGGCCCAGAAGAUAAGAUAAGAUAAGAUACCUUUAUUAGUCCCACAAGGGGAAAUUUCAUGUUAAGGCCGCCGACCUAUUGCACGCAAUGGUGGCGGCGAUGAAGUCAUGUCGAGUAAUUUGUGAUUUUCUGAAGGUAUCUCAACACUGUUUUGACCUAUAUGUUGAAAAUAUGUGCUUAUACUCUAAUGGGUGUGUGAUAUAUCUAGAAGCUGGUCCACUGAAAUAAGUCAGGUGCAGUGGUUAAUGUGUUUUUCUUGUUUGUUUCAAGCUUAUGUACUUGAUAUUUGAUUUUCUUUUAGAAAUAUAAAUAUUUCUAAAAUAUAUAUUGCUUUAGGCUUGAUAAUAAAGUGACUCGUCCUAUGAGCUUCACCAUGGUGUGAUCAAAAGCUAGAAUGAUGCUAUUGAUCGAGACAGAGAGCAGGAGAGAGAGAUUUAGAGAGAGAGGCAGACUAAGUCUUGAAGGUCAUUUUAAGUGAUAAAUAGCAGAAGUAGGGAUUCAAAAGCCAAUUCGUAAGUCAAAUAAUAUUUUUAGAACAUCUUUAUUCUGUUUUUAUUUACUGAUUCCUUUGACAUUACUCCAACAUGUCACUAGGUGGCGCAUGGCACUAAGGAGAAAUGGAAGCCCUGUUAGAUGCAAGUGCCUCCAGCUGUAAACAAGCUCAUGCUCUGCCCCUCUUUAUUAUAAUAUACUGGCAACAUAACCCUCAAGAAGGCACCAUCCAGACCUCUGUGUCUCAUAUAGAAGACCCCUUUUCUCCCUCUCCUAAGAAAUCCUUAAAGCAGUCCAGUCUUAUUUACCUUUUAAACUGAUGAUAACAUCGUGUGUGUUGCUGUGUGGGAAAAUGUCUACACUGCUUCAUGAUGUACUUAUACAUGUAUUGAAAGGUACUGCCAGUACUACGGAGGCAUUGACUUGUAAAUUCGUCUCUGCACACUUGCAGUGUAAUAUGUAUAUGUAAAGAUAGUUUUAAGCACAUUCUGAGGUACGCAUUGCUGCAACAUUUCCACUGCAGAUUACGACCAGUUUAGUUCAGUGCUAUGAAUCAAACGUAAAAAAAAAGUGAAUAUGAAAUGACUACACGUUGUGCUGAAGGCAGCACUAGUGUGACUUUCUGGUUAUAAAUGGAAUUUCUGAGGUUUAACCCAUAUAACAGCAGCUCUGGUUGUUUGAAAAUUAUUUAGAGUUGUUUCAAGUCUGUUUUUGUGUCUGAUGCAAAACAUCGCUGAGCUCAGUGUUUGUCUCUGUGUCAGACUGUGAGAACACAGCUUUGUUGUUGACUCUGGUGUCCCACCAGUUUAAUAUCUGUACAAUUACACAGUGCAAAAUAUUCAUUUAUUCAAUGCUUUUGCAUUAGUGAGGAAUUUCAAUCACUUAAAGCUACUUGAGUUUUUUUUUUUUAGUGCUACCAUGGAAAUUUAGUUAUAAGCUGUUAGGAUUAAUGUGACUGGCAAGGUUGUCACUGGUAUAAUGCAAGCAUAAAAAGAUGAAUGUUAAAUGGCUACAAAUAGAUUUGAAAGCAUCAGUAUGUGCUCUGCCUCACCCACCACAGCAACAGCUCUGCUUCUCUGAAAACUAUUUUCACAUAGUUGUUUCACAAAGGUCAUACAGGAAGCAUCUAUUGGUUGGUCUGCGGCAAGACAUCAUGGAGGUCAGAGCUCUGUGCAUCAGACUGUUGAUGACUGUGCUGAUUCUACUGUGUGCACAGAAAGUUGAUGCAAUUUUUCUUCGUAUUGAUCCAAACAAAUCCCAGUUUUUUGAAUAUGAGUCAGUUAGUUUUUACUGUGAAGAGCCUUCUCAUGGAGAUGUAUUAUAUAAGGUGAAGGAGGAAGUAGAGCAAUGCAACAAAACCACUAAGAAAACAACAGUAAUAACAACAGAAUCAAAGUGCACCAUUCAUCCUCUUUAUGCAAGUGACAGUGGAGAAUACUGGUGUGGGACAGCAGGAGGGAAGAGAAGCAACAUUAUCAACAUCACUGUCACUGCUGGUUCUGUGAUCCUGGAGAUUCCUGCUGUUCCUGUGAUGGAGGGAGAAGCUGUGACUCUGCGCUGCAGAAACAAGACGUCUUCAUCCAAUACCGCAGCUGAUUUCUACAAAAAUGGAGUUCACAACAGCAGCAGCUCCUCAAGAAGCAUGACCAUCCACAAAGUUUUAAAGUCUGAUGAAGGACUUUACAAGUGCAAGAUCUCAGGAGGUGGAGAAUCACCAGAGAGCUGGCUGUCUGUCUAUCUGCCAUGUCUCAUAGACAGUCACAACAAGAGGAGUCACUGUGCCGCUACUACACCUUGGAUCGUUGCCACUAUUUUACUGAGCACUCUGAUUGCAGUGGUGGGACUCUAUCACUUCCGCAAAGAUUGGUACAGAGCUUUGGUCUAUUGGUCAACAAUGGCAUAUGGUUCAGGCUCAACAGAAGAUCAAACAGGACAGAACACAAACAAUGAAGUUGAAUUGUGUCCUAAUCCAGUUUAUGAUUCUUUGGGCCAGGGUGACACUCAACCUCUGGAAACAGUGAAAACCACAGUUGCAUACAUGGCUUCACCAGGUAUCUACCAAGCUGUGGCAGAGGAUCCUUGCUAUUCUACAAUACCAUAGUGUUGCUGUUGGGUUGGAGCCGAUCCUAGGAAAGGUAUACCUUGGACAGGUCGCCAGUCUAUCAUGAGUCUGUAGCAUGUCCUCAACUUGUGGAGGCAUCAUGGGAUAUUUGUGAACAUACCCAUGUAAACCACUGAUCUCCGCCAACUCUGCCUUGAACAACACCCCAGGCUAAACCAGGACCAGGGUUUUGAUAAAUUGGAUAAGUCCACCACAGCCCAGUGUGUAUGCCCUUGGCACCUUACCAGAUUGCUGUAUUUCCCUCCUGGACUGAGAUCAUCCUCAUCAGUGGAGGUGGGCAGCUUCCUGCAAGUUGGAAGGACCACACUUAGCCACUAAGGAAUAAAAGCAGAUGAAAAAGGGCUGAUUCAUUAACAUUUGGUGACCAGAAGGUUGGUGGUUCAAUCCGUGGUGGCUCCAGUCUGCAUGCCAAAGAUCCUUGGGCAAGAUAUUAACACCAAGUUGCUCUCUGAUGCAUCCAUCAGAGUGUGAAUGCUAAAAAAGCACUUAAGCAUAGAAAAAAAAGUGCUUUUGUUACUGGAUGAAUAACGCAUGUUGUAUAAAGUGCUUUGAGUACUCUGGGAGAGUAGACUCAGAAUCAGUUCAUAGACAUAACAUGCAGACCCCGUAUAAAAAGCCAUCAGCUGGCCCAAGAAAUCAUAAUUACACUAUGAAAAUGAAAUAUAAAAUUUGUAAACUGUAAUCACUCCCAACCUUUUGUAAGAUAAAUCUCACUUUAAAUUAUCAAUCAUAACUUGAAAUUAAAAGUUGCUGUUUAUCAACUGAUGCCAUACGGUUUUUAUGGUUUUUUAUACUGUUCAGAAUUUUUUUUUCUGUACUUUGUCUUAAACUUUACAGAGAGAGCAAGAGAGACAGAUACAUGAAAGAAAAGCUUUGAAAAACAUGCUCAGGUAUGAGUGAGACUGAAAACAUGGAAGUAACUCAGAAUUAUCCGGUUUUGUUUAUCCUCUAUUAUUUGUCAGUUAAAACCAAUUGUUGAUCACAUUAAAUAAUAGCUAAAUCAUCUGCAGGUCAUUUUUUCUAGGUUUCUUUCUUAGUUACAAAUGAGACCCGGAAAAACAAAGGGAAAUAGUCAUCUUUCAAACCUAUGUUACUAUGGUCAAACCAUAAACAUGAUUGUGGAUAAAAUAAUUAAUUGAUUGCUAAUGAUAUAUUUUAGAAAACUGCUUUAAUAUCAAAUUUAAUAUAAUUAUUCCUUUACUUGUUCAACACACGUGAAUGUGUUAUUCAUGGACAUGUAGCACAUGUAUAAUUUUAUUUUAUUUAGGUUUAAUGAUCACUUGAUGGAAUUCAACAAUAAACUGAAUCUUCUUUUUUUUCAGAUGCAGUUUCUCUUUGUAUUGUUCCAAACAGAUUACAGUUCUUUCAAAAUAUAAACGGUGACAUUUUAUUGUGAAGGCGUCGUUUAUUGUGUAUAAAAUGAAAACAGACUGCUGUAGCAAAAUUAAUAAGUCAGCACAAGAAGGAUCAUUCUGCAUCUUUAAACCUGUUUGUACAGUUGACAGUUGAAAGUACUGAGACUGAAGGAGGAAAGAAGCAAUAUUAUCAACAUCUCUGCCACUGGUACGUUUGCAGAAAGAACAUUAUUUUAUGAUUAACCUUAAUAAAAGUUAAUAUAAAAUAAAUAUCAAAUGCAGACUUGGUGUACUGAUCAACUGAUGUUCAAAGUGAGUAUCAGAAUGGGCAAGGAAAAUAAUUUAACUAACGUUGCUCACUGACAAUAUGGCCAGAUACAGCAUUAAUGUGGAGUGAGUCAAUCUUAACUAUAUAUAUUCAGUAUCUGUAAAUAUUUGAGCUACAGUGUGGAAGUGGGUGAUCUGAUUUUCAUCCAAAAAAUCAUAAAUUUUUAGCUUAGUUCAAAAAAUUAAUACAACAAAUCCAUCCGCUGAAAUUGUGACUUAGUCAUGACUAUAGUGAACAGCAAACAUCAUCACUGAUGUUACUGUAGUUACCUGUCUCUGUGUCUUUCCAACAUAAGAUGAAUGUGAACUGUCCUCUAGACCCAUAACUAGACUUUAGGCCUGUGUGACACUCAACUGUGAUUAAAACCUGUUUUAAUAAUGAUAUUUAUAUUAAGCAAUAUUAAAAACUUUGCCAAGUACUUUGCAACAAAGGUAAAUAAGUAUUUUAUUAAGCAAAAAUGUGGCAUCCAACUGAUUUAAUUCCACCUGUUGUCACAGCAGAACCAGGAACCAUCGCAGAAAUGCCCUCAGUGGGUCCCUACCAACCUAUAGCAGAAAAUCAUUAAUUGACUCACAAAAGAAAACCAAUGUUUAAAUUCAAGAGCACAUUGUUGUCUGAUAUGCUGAAAAGAAAAUAGCUUAGUUUCUUUUUGUUCUGCACUUCCUUUAUGCCUUACAGUGAGCAGCGGUUUAUCCAGCUUGUACUUGAACAAGCUGUACAGUACAUUUUCAGAUCAGGUUUGGUGUGCAUGUCUAUAAAUUGAUAUAGCUUGUGUGCAUUCAUUUAGCUACAGAUGCAAGCCAGACCCAUGUGGUUCUUAGUAUAUAUAAAGUUUGAAUACUAACCAAAGCACAUGUUUGUUAUUUAGAUGUUGAACUUAACUGUCUUUGUGUUUUUACAAGUGUAUGAAUGCUGUUAUAAGAAAAGAGCUGCACUGGGUUUCAAAGACACUCACUGUGGUUAACUUCUAAUCUUAAAGUGUUUUUAAACUUUUUUUUUUCUGAAACAGGCACACUAAGCUUGUGGUCAGCUGUCAAAUAUACCUGUGAAGCAUGACUCUGUGCAUGUCUGUAACUGAAAUAUGGUUGAUUGCCCAACAGUGAAAAAGUGGUGUCUUGUUUAAUGCUACAGCCACGUCUACUC